CGGGAAGCGGAAAAGGGAGAAUAGCAUUGGCAUAGACACGGAACGGACGAGUGAAGAUGUUUGGACGACGGGGACGAGGAUUACAGUUGGACAUGGCACGGAUAAACUGCAUGACUUUGCUGCGUUUCCUAGUUUUGUUGAUUGUAGUAAUAAUGGGUUUGAAGAUGUAUCCAAUAUUCAAAACAAAGCAAUUGAACACUAUUGCAAAAGAUAGCUUUUGGAGAAAGCGUGGAGGAGCAAUUACAAAUAACCAACAAAUGGAGCAUGAAGUAAUCCAAACCACACAGCAGGUAAAGGAAAUCAUAAAGGCAGAGGUGAAACCAGAGACUCGGAAACAGAAGGAUUAUGGCAUUUCAGGGAUGAGAAUUGUACACUUGGAUCUCAAAGGAGCUGCACCAAAACUUUCAUACUUGCAACAGAUUUUUCCCCUUCUGGCCAGCACUGGGGUGAACGGUAUACUAAUGGAGUAUGAGGAUACCUUUCCUUACCAUGACGACCUUGAAAUUCUGAAAUCCACCUAUGCAUUCAGUUCUGCUGACAUUGACAAGAUCCAACAGUUAGCUGAGAGCAAUAAUCUGGAGAUUAUUCCCCUAAUUCAAACCUUUGGGCACAUGGAGUUUGUUCUCAAGCAUGAUAAAUAUUGGAACCUCAGAGAGGUAAAGAAAUAUCCCAAUAGCCUGAAUCCCCAUUUGGCUGGCUCUUUGAAUCUGGUGAAGGAGAUGCUGUCUCAAGUACUCGAUAAACACAGCAAAUCUGGCUGGAUCCACAUAGGAGCUGAUGAGGUUUUUAAUCUUGGAGAAGGUACUGAAUCCAAACAGUGGAUCAACGAACAACGAGGAGACAUUGGAAAGAUGUAUUUGGACCACAUAAAGCAAGUUGGGAGUUUCGUGGUCAAAAGAUAUCCUGGAAUUAAGCUCAUCAUAUGGGAUGACAUGAUGCGAAAGAUUAAUAAAGAAAGAAUCAUUGAAUCUGGUAUAACCGAACAUAUUACCCCGAUGGUAUGGUUCUAUCAUCCAGACUUUAGAAUUGACCAAGUAGAGACAUUCCUUACCAAGUACAUGGACAGUGGAUUCAAGAAUGUCUGGUUUGCAAGUGCCUUCAAAGGGGCAACAGGUGUUAGCCAGAAUUGGACCCCCAUUAAGUUCCAUCUGGAAAAUCACCUCCAGUGGCUGCAGGUGAUGAAAUCCAUCUCAAAGUUCUCAUCUCUCCGCUUUCAAGGCUUGGCAUUAACAGGCUGGCAAAGGUACGAUCAUUUCUCAACUCUUUGCGAGCUGCUGCCAGUUGCAAUCCCAUCCCUGGUGGUCUGCAUGCAAACUGUGACACAUGGUUCUUUCACAGAGAAGGCGAAAACCAAAUCACAGCAGCUUUUGGGAUUUAAAAAUAUUAACCCAGAAAAUAAUUCGAGUGAAGGUGAAGGCACAUUUGCAGGAGCUGAGAUUUAUCAAAUGGUUCAUUGGAUUACUCAAAAUCUGAAAUCUGAAGUAAUUUCUGUUCUUGAAAAUAACAGAGAAAUCAAAGGCUGGUUCAAUCGCUAUAACAGGAAGCACCAGUUUGCAAAUCCUCGCAACAUGGAGCGUUUUGACAGUGAAUUACACAGAGUUCACAAAAAGUGGGAAGAGUACUUGGGAAACUUUCGUGCACAGAUGGAAAACAUUUACUUUCCCGACACUGUGGAGGAAUGGAUGGAAGUGAAUGUAAACCUGUACAUGGACCCACUUAGAGAACUUGUGAAGGACUAUAAGGAAAUUAUGGCACUAAUGACUGCGCCAAAACAAAAUUAGAAAAUCAACAAAAAACAAAUUCAGGAAUGCACUGCCAUUGGUGCAAAAACUGGAAGCCAUCAAUCUAAACUAUAUUCAGAAUGACAUAUUUUAACAAGAGAUCUAGGAUCAAAACUCAACAAAGCACAGGAACAAGAUCCUAUUUCAUUGCAUUUUAUUUCAACUUUGGAAAGAAUCUGAGCUGUUGAUUCUGUAUGGCUUCUUGCUUUUACCAGUCUGGAUCUGAUUGUGUGCAUACUCCAGAUUAAAUGUUUACAACUGCAGGAAGCUAUAUACCUGUAUCUCACUCUGUCUAUUCAAUUUCACCCUCAAACCUUGUGGCAAAAAAGGAUUACCAAGUAUCAUUAUGACCAACCACUGCUGCAAGCUCAGCAGGUGACUUCAGAAUUCAGAAGCAAGUAACUCAAUCUAGUUAAGGUACUGUACUUGUUUAGAGAAUUCAAAAUGAAUCGGUAAUUCUUGUUGUGCAGAGACAUGUUUGUUGUCAUCCUUUCUGAGUAUGUAUGAGCAAUGCAAGAGGACUUGGACUUUUAAAUAAUACAUAAUGGGGAAGUUGAUUUGUUUGCAGGGGAUUUACCAACAUAUUAGAUGAACUUUGAUUUAGAUUUUUUUUAUACAAGUUAUUUAAUUUUCACAUCAAUUUCUUCAUU